AUGAAGGUCCCGAGGCCCGGCGAGAGGAUGCGGUCGCACCCGCUGUACCGCAGGAAGCUCAAGUCCAAGGUGGUGUUCGACGACCAGCGACCGGGUUGGGACUCCACGAGCCGGGAUCUGACCAAGUACAAGCUCACCGACGAGCAGGUCGAGGCGCGUCGCAAGCAAUUCGUCAGCAAGAACCUCGCGGCGGCUAAAGAGGAGCUCCGCGCGCGUGAGGACCCGACGACGCUCGUCGUCCACCCCUGGAACCCGCCCCAUCGCUCCCCGAUCCACCCGGCCAAAUCCUUCGGCCGGAUCGUGGACAAGGCGAACGGCGGCGACGGGCCGCGAGCGGACGAGUCGCCGUCCCCGCCCAAGGUUCGCGGCCGGAACAUGGCCGCGAGAGGCGGGGGGCUCGGCCCGGUGCGCUUCUCCCCGAUGAAAACCUCCGGCGGGCAGCACACGCGCGCGUCGCUGGAUCGAACGUUCGAGUCCGUCCCGGGAACGAAUCCGUCGACGAACUCGUCCCCGGCUAAACCCGCCGAACCUCACCCGCCACGGCCGACGCCCUUAUCCCACGAGGCCGAGACUUCCGGGUCCGCGAGACGGCUGGGGGAACCCCCUACGCAGCACAACCCGCGCGCCGAGGUUCCCUUCGCCAAGGCCAAGAGCCCGAUCACGAAGACGCAAAAACUAGACGCGGCGAGCCGAACGAAGAAGGCGACGGACCGGGCGCGUUCGUUGGGGUUUCGACCCACUCGCGCGCCCGAGGCGUUCACGAACCCCAACGGGACGGGUAAACCGACCACGACGGACCGCGGCGCCCCCACGUCGUCCGGUCCCACGGUGCCGUUCGAGGAGGAGGUUGAGAGGUUCCGCGUGGCGCGGCUGCGUCGCAAGAUGGAACAUUCCUUCGAGGAGGACAAAUACGACGACGACGAGGCGUUCGACGAGGAGGAGGCGCCCGUGGCGUCCGAUUCCCCGCGCAGGAUCCACGUGCGGGACGAGGACGACGCGUACGAUCCAGACGUCGACCCGUUCGGAUCGGGCGUUCGCGCCAGGGACGCCGAGGACCCCAUCCAAGCCGUCCGCGACGCGAGGAUCGAGCUUCGCGCGAUGCAACAGUUGCGAGAGGCGGCCACACGGACGGGGAAUGAGAACCAUAAGAACCGGGUCGGGUGGAGCGACGGUUGGAUGGCGGGCACGUCCACCGCGGACGUCCGCGCGAGGCAGCACGAGCUGAUGGCGGCGCAGGAGGCCAUCAAGCGGCAGUUCGGGGAGCAGACGGAGGGAGGAUCGCCGGGCUCGGCGGAUGCGGCGCCCGUCUCUCCGGAACCUCCGUCGACGGAUGGGGCGGUCCGCCGCGCCGCCGCCGCGGCGGCGAACAUGACGCCGAUGCACCUUCGCGAGGAGGACGCGCAGGAGAUGGCCAGGAUCCUGCGCGUUCCCCCGAUGCCGACGCCGCGCGCGUUCAGGCCGGAUUUAAAACCAGAAUCGGGCACGCCUCUAAAGUGGGGCACGCCUGCGCCCACUAAGGUUCCUCCCAACUUUAAGCCCAACGACUGGAUGACCAAGACGGCGAACGACACUUUCCAGUUCCCUCCGCCGCCGCCCGAAGAGCGCGGGUUGAUGACGUACGCGGCGAUGAGGGACGCGCAGGUGGCGGCGUUUGCGGAACACGCCGUUCGACGGUCGAUCGAGGCUGAAAAUUUGGGCCCGGCGGCGGUUGAUUCGGGGACCGUACAUACCAACACCCCGGCCAAGCCCGGGCGUAAGGUGUUGGCGGAGGUUGGCCUCGGCGUCCACCAAGGGUUUCCCGAGCCCAUCAAACCGUCCACGACGCCGGCGAAGUUGCCCUUUGAGACUAUGUACGGCGACGACGUGGACGGCGUCGCCAGGCGGCACGUGGAGGAUGCGUUUGUUCGGUUAUCAGUCGGUGACGAGAACUUCGCGGCGCUCAGGGCGCGGGAGACGGAGGCGACACGCGCGGGGCCCGGGGUUGGAGCGAGCAGCGCGAGGUUCGGGGCGACGACCAUGCCGGACGCGCUGAGCGCGCUGUCCAGGGACGGCGACGUCCGAAGGUCCUUCUCCAACGACGAACGCCUGCAGUUCGGGUUGCGCGACGAGGCGCUGGCGAUGAAACGGCUCGAGGCGAUGAAAACGGCCGCGCUCAAGGGCGUGGACGCCAACAUGGCGGCCACGUUCCCGGGGAUUCGCCAAUCCCUCGAGGCGGAGGGAAGGAUCGAGGCGGGGGAUGCGACGGGGGAGUUUGUUCGGGUCCCGCGAGACGCCGGGGGCCUAAGCGGGAAAGGUUUCGGCGGCUUCGUGCGCGUCGGCGCGCCGCCCACGUCGUCGGGGAGGACGCCGCCCGCGUGGGUGCGGGUGACGGACGCGGCGAAGGCGGAGGAGGCGGCGACGGGGGGUGGUGGCGUGCCGGUGCCCUGGUUCGCGGCGCGCAAGUGA